CUCCUUUAUCCUCCAGCGCGGCAGCUGUGACGACACACUGCAAGCAUGGCCGGGGACAGCGAAACGCACCUAAGGGACCGCGGCGACAACACCGACGUUGUCCGACAACCUUUCCUCAUCGGUGUCUCCGGAGGCACCGCUAGCGGCAAGUCAUCUGUGUGUGAGAAGAUCAUGGAGCUGCUGGGCCAAAACAAGAUCGACCACCACCAGCGGCAGGUGGUGAUCCUCAGCCAGGACAGCUUCUACAAGGUGCUAACUGCAGAACAAAAGGCCAAAGCACUGAAGGGCCAGUUCAACUUUGAUCACCCAGAUGCCUUUGACAAUGAGCUGAUAAAGCAAACACUCAGGCAAAUCUUGCAGGGCGAGACAGUCCAGAUUCCGGUUUAUGACUUUGUCACUCAUUCCAGGAAAGAGGAGUUUAUUACGGUGUACCCGGCUGAUGUGGUCCUGUUCGAGGGCAUCCUCAUGUUCUACUCGCAGGAGAUUCGAGAUUUGUUCCAGAUGAAGCUGUUUGUCGACACGGAUCCAGACACGCGACUCUCACGCCGAGUUCUUCGAGACAUUGGUGAGCGGGGGAGAGAGCUGGAACAAGUUCUGGCUCAAUACAUCACUUUUGUGAAACCGGCCUUUGAGGAGUUCUGUUUACCAACAAAGAAGUAUGCAGAUGUGAUCAUUCCACGGGGAGCAGAUAACCUUGUGGCCAUCAACUUGAUAGUGCAGCACAUCCAAGACAUUCUGAACGGCGGACCAAGCAAGCGUCACAACGGCUGCACGAACGGCCACAGCACCCCACGUCAGCGGCGGACCUCUGAGUCCAGCAGCCGGCCUCAUUGACCUCGCCACACCUCUCUUCACAGGCCGGAGAGCGGUGCGGAGAGGUUACGUUGUAAAUAAUGCCGCUUGGCAUUCACGUAUUUAAGAGAGGGGGGGGGGGGGGUGAUGCAAAAAUAAUUGAAAUGCCUUUUAUUGUAACUACUCUAUUGGGUACUUCGCUAGUUAUUAAACUUGAGAUUUAGGAUUUUUUUUCCCCCCCAGUUUAAAAAAAAAGGUCUUAUUCUUAUGAUGAGACCGUGGGUUUAAAAUUGACCCCAUGCGUUUUCCUCCCAAAUUGCAUUUUGUGUUUAUGUAUCCCCUGCUGCUCCAUGGUAAAUCAUGCUGCUUAUGAAUAAAAGAGGGGAGCCUUUUUUCUUUAUUGCAAUAUCUGAUAAAACUUGAACCCUCUGAUGACCGGGGAGCCUCACCCAAGUUUGCUUGGGUCCUAAAGGAGAGGAUGCGAAAUACAACACAAGUUAAAAGAAACUUAGAUUGCACUCCUAUCUUUGUACUGACAAUCUUUGGAGUGAUACCAACCCUAAUUUUAUUUAUUUUUUGGGAAUAUUUGAGUUUUUUUUUUGUUAUUGUUCGUUGGGGAUUUAAAAGUUAUGUUUUGUACAAAAGUCCACCUCAAUAACUGUAUAGUGUCUGCUGCUGCGUGACACGCUACACGAUUCUUCAGUACUGAUUGUCACGUGCAGAAUGAUGAGACGACCACAUCAAUGAAGCCAAAGGCUGUGAGGUUCAGCUGACCAGUGUGCUUACACUUGGGGAUAAAUACAAAGCUGGUGACUGUCCCAAUUAAAACCGAUUUAUACAGGCAGUCUUUUAAGUUAUUAAGCAAUGCUUAUUCUAAUUUGGAUAUUUGUUUUACUUAAAUAUUCCUUUUUUUUUUAAAGGUCAGACUAGCAUUCCUGAGAGAAAUUGUCCUGUUAAACAACAGAAAGAUAUGAAACGUAUACUCAGGCUGGACAACCGAUUCGGUGACAAAUGCCAGGAAAAAGUUGUAAUGAAGGUGUUAAAUGCCUUAGCAAUAUUAGUGAUCCCAGGUGUGGCCAUUAACCGCCAAGACCCACCACAAUGCCUCUGCAAAGGUGCCUCAGGUUAACCUGUACAGUAAGUAUCCACACUACGAGCCAGUUUCCAUUGUUUGAAGUUUAACGGCAUAAUGAACUAUCGAAAUCAAUUUUGUAUUCCACUUGCUGUAUUUAUUGUGUAGUGAGAAAUUGAAUGACUGAUUUCUACGAGGAGAUUUGUACUGUGGGCUGUGGAAUGAUUUAUAACGCUGUUGCAAUUGCUUAAUGGUGAGUAAACUGCUGCAGCCGAGUGUUCUUGUCAGAAGACUGGUUUGUUAUUUCUUUAAUAAAUGCUUUACUGUGACUCAUUA